AUGUCUGAGCACGGAGAUACACCUUCACCGCGGUCCUCGUCGGGCCCGGCCAGUUCCAUGUCACCCCCUCCGGCACCUGCCUCAGUCACCGAGACGGCAUCGUCACCGAAGAAGCGGGCAUCAGUAACGGCCGCCGAGGGCAAAAUCACGAAACGGCGAGCCGCCAGGGCUUGCGUGUCAUGCCGAGCCCGCAAGGUGCGCUGCGAUGUGGUAGAGGGUGCACCUUGUGGUAACUGCCGUUGGGACGACGUGGAGUGCGUCGUACAAGAAAGCCGCAGGCGAAACGGAAAUCGACUGGCUAACCUUCGGCACCCCUGCCGCGCUGUUUCCAGAAAGAACCUCCCUUACAAUUGCGCACCGGCUUCGGUGGGGGCACGCGCUGGAACUGCCGAGGCAUUGCGCUCAAAGAGCAUCGGCGCCGCUCCCCCAAUCAUCACGGCCAAUCUCGCGAAACAAGCAUUCCCAUCAAAUGGAUCAUUCUCUCUCCCCAUGAAUGGGGUUAACGGUGGACAGGCGGCCACUAAUCUGUUGUACCAACAAUCCCCUGGUGGAUUCAGUACCCCGGUCUCUGCGGCGGCCCUGACCGGGUUCCCUCCGAUGACCCCCGGGAUACCGCCGUCCCCGGCCCUGGUGCACCCGCUGCUCCGAUCUCUCGAGCAGGUCAACGAGUGGCCCGCUUUCAUCAGGCCCAUCCCGGACCGCAUCCUGCUCGAGGACAGGCAGUAUCUCGCCCGGAAGCAGGUCUUCACCCUGCCGCCCCUGCGUCUGCAGAAUGCCUUGCUCACCGCCUACGUUGAGUAUGUUCACCCUUACAUGCCGCUUAUGGAGCUGCAUGACUUCCUCAGGGUGGUCAGCGAUAGGUCCGGGGCGUCCGGCAAGAUCAGCCUAUUCUUGUACCAUGCCGUCAUGUUUUCGGCCACGGCCUUUGUCGAUGAGAGUCUCUUGAGGGAUGCCGGUUAUGACAGCCGGAGGGAAGCAAGGAGGGCCUUUUUCUCCAGAACAAGGCUCCUCUACGACUUCGACUACGAGACGGACCGCCUCGUCCUCGUCCAGGGCCUGCUCUUGAUGACGUAUUGGUAUGAGACACCCGACGACCAGAAAGACACCUGGCACUGGAUGGGCGUCGCCAUCUCACUCGCCCACACGAUCGGUCUUCACCGCGACCCGGCCAAAACGCCCAUGAUCCCGCAGAAGCAGAAGCUAUGGAAGCGCGUGUGGUGGUCCUGCCUCAUGCGAGACCGCCUCGUCGCCCUCGGCAUGCGGCGUCCGACCCGGAUAAAGAGCGAGGAUUUCGACGUGCCUACGCUGAACGAGGACGACUUCGAAAUCGAGGCGCUUCCGGAGGAAAACCAGCUUCUGGGACCAGAAUGCGUAUUAAUACGCGACGUCGAGAUGCAGCGCGAGCUCGCCAUCAUGUGCAUCGAGAAAGCUAAACUAUGCAUGCUCAUUGGCGACAUGCUCAAGGUUCAAUACUCGGUCCUUAGCCGGAGUGGCAUGCGGCCCGAGCACACCACCAACAGCACGCACAUGCUGCUGCCGAACAAGGGGGCCGAGAAUAUGGAAGACGUCGAGAACGUCGACCACCACCUGCAGAGCUGGUUCGCGAGCCUGCCCGAAGCCUGCCAGCACCGCACACUCGACGCCGCCAGCACCACCAGCGGCAACCAGGUGCUCGCCGUGCAGCGCAACCUCCUCCACAUGAUCUACCACACAACUAUCUCGGCGCUGCACCGGCCCCUGUUCCUCCCAGCAUCGCCCACCGAAGGCCCCAGCACACCCGUCGAGGUGCAAGAGACGGCACGGCAGCGCGUGCGCGAGGCGGCCGAGCACAUCACCCGCAUGGCCGCCGACCUGCGAGAACACGGACUAGAGCGCUUCCUCCCCACCACAGGCGUAACAGUCAUCCUGCCAGCCAUGAUCGUGCACAUGCUCGACACCAAGAGCCCCGACGCCGAGACGCGCGCGGGUGCUAUCCUGGGACUCAAGGAGUGCCUCGUCGUCAUGAGCAAUCUGCGCAACAUCUACGCGGCGGCCGACUUCGCCACGGGCUUCCUCGACGCUCUGCUGCGCAAGGGCAUGCUCGGCCAGCAACCCCAACCCGCCCAACCCACAACAACGCCCCUCGGCGCCCGCCCCGGCGGCAAGAUGCUCAACCGCGUGCUGGCGCCAGCACUCAACCUCGCGCCGCAGGGCGGCCUGUCCGCACGCCCCACCACCCCGCCGCCCGAGAAUGUCUUCCUCAACCUGCGCACCGUUAACAACAACACCAGCCUCCGAAACAGACACAAUAGCCUCUUCUCCUCCACCGGCUCCCUCCAACAGCAGCAGCAGCAGCACCACAUGUCUACUGCCGCGGCGCAGCCCUUCCUGCCCGACGGCGACGACACCCCCGACCUGAGCGCCCUCAGCGCGGCGGUGGGCGCGACGACCCCGCCGCAUACUGAUAGCGAGGAUGUCGAUAUGGAGAUGGCCAUGGUCGAUGGCAUCAUGGGCAGUCUGGGCAGUGCCGGGCUAGAGUACACCGGCGCUGCGGCGGCGGCGGCGGCUGCUGCUGCUGCGGUUGGGGAUGGGGCUGGUGCCGCUGGUGGUCUUGGUGGUGGUGGCGGUGGUGGUGGUGUUCCUACGGGGAAUAACUUUGACUUUGACCAAUGGCUGCAGUUCCCCGCUGAGGGUGGGCUGACGACGUCGGAUGACUCGUUUAUGGGCGGCAUGUUUGCGGGUGCGGCGGAGCAUCAUCUUCAUUCUCAUCAUCAGGGGGGGUUGGAGAUGGGGGGGGAGGGCGCGAUUGAUUGGAUGAGUUUGGGGGAGGGGAUUAGCCAUUAG